UCUCCAGUUAACUUCGGGAAUUUACCGAAGGCCAAUCUAGAAGGAUGAGAAGACGUAGGACACGAAAAACUACAUGCAAGAACACAAACCGCGUCAUCUCAAUAAUCGAGACUAUCCCGAGAGAAAUUGUUAGUGAUAUUUUGGCUCGAGUAGCGACGGAUUCGCUAACAGAUAUAACGAAUGUCAAGUUGAGCUGCAAAGUAUUAAGGGAAAUAGCCGAGGAUUCUUACGUAUAUCGACAUGUAUCUCUCGCAAAGUUUCCAGUUGUGCAAUGGAAGUCUCAAACUGAAGAGGAAAAAUCUUUCUUGGAUAAGUGUUGGGAAUGUGGAAAUCCAGAAUAUCUUUAUAGAAGAGGAGUGGUUGAUUACUUUAGUCGGAACCGGUUGGAAUCGGCUUCCGAGUACUUGACGACUGCUGCAAGGUUAGGACACGUCGGAGCACUUUAUGUUAUCAGUAUAAUCUUUCUAUUUGGCGAGGAUGAAAAGAAACAGAAGGGAAUAUCAGUAUUAAGUGGAAUGAAGAAAUCAAGGAUCUUCAGGAAAAGGGUGAAGCGUUGCCGCAGAUUUCUAAUAGAAAUAUUGAGGAUGAUUUGGAUAAAGAAUUCUCUUGUUAUAUAUCAUCGGCCGAUAUGCUGUACCCAGAGAGAUCAGCACGCGAAGAAACAAGGUUGGCCUUCAACUGAGUUUGAGGAAGAAGAUAUGUCGUGUGAUGGUUGUAUAUGUGAUACAGAACUUGCUUUUAUAUUUGAUGUGCUUCCUAGUACCUUGUAAUCUUGUUUAAGAUUAGUUCGGGUUGAGUAUUUGCUGUGUAUGUGGUUUAUAUAAAGUAGAAUACAUGUUUACUGGAUCAAAUUACCAAUGCCAAAGCGGAGUGGAGUGCAGGGGAACGGAGAGCAUCGAGUGAAACGGAGUGGUGCGACGACAUCGACCUUUUCAAGUUUUAAUAUACUGUUUGUUUGCCAAGGACGAUACAUGGCUAUUUUCUUAAAUCUUAUACAAAGUAUAGAGUCUUGUAUGGCUUGUGUUAGUAUAAAUACUGAUGAUGUAACUUUAUUAUUAUUCAUA